GAGCCUCGUCAGGCUACGAAGCCUUACACAAUAACUUCCUCCAUCAAACUUUACUCAACGUCUCUCAAUCAAUUAUCCUGCCCUGGAGAUAAUCGAAAAGAGCUUUGCUUCUUAUCCAUCGUCAUUUUCUAAAUCUUCGACACCAUUUAGUAUCGCAUUGUGCGACAAGGAGAUGGAGCCUUCCAGCAAGAAACGACGUCUCGCACCCAAAGUCCCGGAGCAAUCUACUCAAGAACAGUCUCCUCAAGCUAGGUACGAUUAUAAGGCUAUGCCGAACCUACAGGAGCCCGCACCUUCGAAUGAGCGAAGCGAUUUCGAGUCUUUCGCCCGUCAUUUACAAGACGCAGCAAUGCUUAUCUAUGCGCAAGCAAAUCGAUCUCCAUAUAAGGGUGUUACAGUACUUUUGUUGCGAUGGGAAGAAGAUUUGAGUGUUGAGCAAGAUCUUUUGCUCUUGCAGAAGGUUUUCCAAGAACGCUUUAAUUUUCAUACCGAGUCCUGGAAUAUCCCUAGUGGCCCAAAUCCUAACAUUAAACUUGUGAAGCAACUUGCACAUCAUAUUGAAUCCACUGCGCCUAAUAAUCUUUUAAUCGUAUAUUAUGCAGGCUAUGGGUUUGUGGGAUCGGAUCAUCAAUUAUAUUGGGCCUGCAAUUCACACGAAGAUGCUCCAAAAUUCAAGUGGGAAGGUAUUAAAUAUUUACUCGAAGAUGCGCAGCCUGAUGUUCUACUUUUACUUGAUUCUUGCGCCACUACAGAUUCAUCUGUUGCGGGAAGCCAAGGCAUCAAGCAAGGUAUUGCUGCAUAUAGUCCAGAACAGGCUACGCGUGAACCAGGAACACGUUCAUUUACUUAUCACUUGUCGGAAGCUCUUAACAAACUUGGUACUGGCCGUCCUUUCAGUACGCAACGACUCCAUGAGGAGAUCAUUUCACAAAAGCACAAUGGAUUUCUGGCACACACUGGACUUACAAAUGGAGCAGGAAAGGCAGCUUCGGCCAACGAGCGAAUGCCAGUAUCUUUCUCCUUGACCCCUGGAUCAUUACAAAGCAUUUCACUAUCUCCUCUGAGCCAUGUCCCAAGGCCAAGUACUUCGAUAGCAUCGCCAACAGAUUCACCAGAGAACAAUGCCUCAGGAUCAAGCAUUGAGGAACCAAUUAAGGCUAACUCAAAUUCCGACCUAACUUUCGAAGAAGUCAGAGCAUUAGUUUGUACUACUUUUGUUGGAGAGCCAAGUCAAGAUAUGGCUUCUUUCAAACAGUGGCUUCACAACACUCCUUUGGCAGCAUCAAAAAUCGCAGUCGAAGGAAUGUUUCAUGGGCCACCUACCAUUCUGCUUGUUUCUAUGCCAAUCGCGGUAUGGAACGUUUUGGCCGCCGAAGGAAUUUGUUUGUUCUUGGGCUACAUCAAUUCUCACAACAUGACAACAGACUAUCAACAUUUGAUAGGCGCAAUUUCCCCCAUGAGCAAAGCCGCAACUACCAAGGAAUUGGAAGAUGGUAAAAUACUACUUGAAGCUCGUGAGGCCGCUGCAUCCACACCACUAAUGACUAGGCAUGAACCAGUUCAACAAGAGUCAACUAGACAACCAGAAGUAGCUCAUCAAACACCCUCUCGACAAGAACCUAUAAGACAAGACCCAAUCAAUUCUACUCCUCAACCAAUCCCCCAAGUAUUAUAUCCUGAUACUAGUAGUGCGAAUCUUCCUGAGCAUACAGAAGACGUCGAAACCUCAGUAGAGAUGCAUGAAGCAGCCGAACAACUCAAGGCUUUGAGUCAUGUACGACACCUUAGUCACGAUAAUCUGACUCCAAAUGAUCGAAACCACUCUCACAUAACUUCCGAAGAUUCUCCGGGUCCCAGAAGUGGUCGAGAAGAAUCAGCGUCAUCUCAAGACCAGGGUGAAUCUGGAGCAGAAGAUCAAAUGUACAAUUCAGAGUUCAAUUCACCAGCCUCUAGACCCAAAGCCCGGAGAUCGUCACAAAAGCAAGGCCCUAAGCAAGAUACCCGAUGUUCAAUGUGCAGUCAUGCGCCAUUUAAAGAUUCCUCUUCCUUAAGAAAACAUAUUGCUGCUGCACACACAAGACCAUUCCCGUGCGCUUUCUCCUUUGCCGGAUGCGCAAGUACUUUUGGCUCUAAGAAUGAGUGGAAACGACAUAUUGCUUCUCAGCAUCUUUGCUUGACAUUUUAUCGCUGCUCUUCUUGUCCCCAAAGCACUGCCGAAGGCAAAGGUAAUGAAUUCAAUCGCAAAGAUCUAUUUACUCAACACCUCAGACGUAUGCAUGCACCCUUUGCAAUUAAGAAAGCUCUUGCAAAAGGAGACUCCAAACUUCAAGUGGAAUGGGAAACUCAUGUUAAGGAAAUGCAAGCCUCGUGUUUGGUAACUAGAAGACAACCACCUCAAAGAUCCGCAUGCCCUAAAGCAGAUUGCUCAAACGUGUUUGAGGGCGCAGGUAGUUGGGAUGACUGGACUGAACAUGUUGGCAGGCAUAUGGAAAAAGGAGAAGCGAACAGAUUGGGCGUUGACAAGUUUUUGGCGAGAUGGGCACUUGAUGAAGCCAUUAUUGAACCUAAGGGAGAUGGAUCUAAUGAAUACAGGUUAUGUGGUACGGAAAGAGAAGGUGGUGGUGUGUUGACUGGUAAUGGAAAUGCAAGUGGCUAUUAUUCAGAUGGUGGAAAGAAGGAAAUAGAAAGUGCCAAAGAUGGAAUGGAAAGUCUCAUGGGCUUGACGGGUGAUAGUAUGGUCAUUGAUGGUUGAGGAUUUCAUCUUGGGAAAUUCUAGGCAGGAUAUGAAACUUCUUGAGACAAGAAACAAAAGGGUAAUUUUUAAAUUACGUGUUAUAGGGCGGCUUUCUGUGUUGUCUUUGUCUGGUGUCAGAUCAAACUUUGGGGUGGUUACUUUGUUUGGUUAGCAUUGACUUGUCCUGGCUUUAAAUUUCCCUCUCUUUUAUCACACACUCAUCAGUUCAUGUUACUAUACUUGGUGAAUGGCGAUAUUGCUCUUUUUCUCUAAUGUAUGGAUGGAUGCACAGGUGCAUGGAUGGAUGAAUGGGUUUUUGAGGAAUAAUAUCUUGAGGAUAUUUUCUUAUUUGGGAUGUAGGCAAGCAAGGGCGAAAGUAUGGUUGGGAUGGGUUGGGUGGAGUUAUUUACUAGGAAUAUGAAAUGAAAAAUGCUUGUUUUUUCUUCUUUAGUUUUCGAAUUGGGGGGUUUGUGCUUUGGUUGGUGGUGAGUGGAUGAGGGCUAACUUACUACAAUGAUAGAGAUCGGGAUAAUAACAACAGCUUGCAGUAUUCA